GUCCCAAAAUGAAAAAAAAGAAAAAACAGUUCUUCACACUUUAGCAGCCGCAAACGGAGCUAGGGAAAUGAGGGAACCAACCGAAGGGCGGAGACAGAGGAAGAAGAGUUGCGUCAUCUUCACUUCGGCCGGCUGCCCGCCUUACCGCGACGCCGUACAACACUUCCGCAUUCACUUCAGUCUUCCGGUUCAACAGACGGGUUCCGUGUUGGAAUACCAGGAAGCCUUUGAGAAGGUUUUGGUGCAUGUUUCGAACGUCAACGAGGCCCAUCUCCAGUCCCUAUUCCAUGCCGGCUUGAAGCCCCAUCUUCAGCACGACGUGAUGUUGCAUAAACCGGAUUCCCUCUCGGCCUCUUUUGCCUUGGCUCGUGAAUUUGAAUUAAAACAUCAAGCCUGGGCCGCCACAGUUUCUCAUCGUCCCUCCCUGCCUCGCGACGGUGGAAUUCCCAUGCCAUACGUGCCCCCGUCACCAGGACCACUACUCCCCAUGCACGGUCAAAAACUCUCCCCUGGACCGAAGGUCUCCCCUACACCGCCCGUUCGUCGUCUGACUUUUGCGGAGAAAAAAGAACGGUAUGCCAAAGGGCUUUUUUAUAAUUGUGAUGAAAAGUGGGUUAAAGGGCACCGUUGCGGCCGUUUCUUGUUGUUGAUUGAAGAUGACGAAGAAUCCGAGGACGUGGUCCAUGGCCCGGAUGUUGUGUUGGGCUUCCAGUGGUUACGUCUCUUGGGCAAGGCUCUGUAUGGGCGCCCAUCGCCGGACCUUAUACCCUACAAUCGUGGCUCAAGUAAGGUCCCAGCGGUUGAUGACAUCCUUGCCGAGAGGGACGGCCUCUUACGCCGCCUCCGUAGUAAUUUGCAGGCUGCCCAGACCAGGAUGAAAUUGCUCGCUGACAGGCACCGCCGAGAGGUAGAAUUCGCAGUUGGUGAUUGGGUGCUCUUGCGCAUACAGCCGUACAAACAGCACUCGGUGGCGCGGCGAUCAUCCCAGAAAUUGGCACUACGUUUUUAUGGACCAUUCGAGGUUGUGGAGCGUGUUGGACCCGUGGCGUAUCGCUUGAAGCUGCCGAAGAGUGCACGCAUUCACCCGGUUUUCCAUGUUUCGGUGCUGCGGCCUUUCGUCGGGCAAGGGUCUGCCAACGAUGUCCUUCCCUUGCCGACAGACCUGGUGGACAGACGGGCACCUUCUCAACCUAAGAGGAUACAUGCCUCCCGUUGGGUGUUGCGACACGGGGUUCGGGUGGAGCAGUAUUUCGUGGAGCGACGGCACCUUGGAUGACGCUACCUGGGAGCCGGCGACCGUCAUUCGGGAGCAUUACCCUCAUUUGCACCUUGAGGACAAGGUGGUGUCUGAAGGCGGGGGGAAUGAUACGGU